AGCGACAAAAAAAAACAACGAUAAGAAGUGUGUGUAUAAACCUUAAUUAUGUUUUUGAUUGCGCUUCAACAUUCUCACCUUCUUGGCAGUCGAGUUAACAGAAGUACUAUAAGUGCAUAGUUCAAACGUUGGUGAAUAGCGUAAUCGAGCACUUGUGUGAGUGAUAAAUGGCCGAUAAAAAUUGCAUGUCAUCCAUCACCACGGAAGGGAAGCAUAGUUCUUUCUUAGAAGUGUUCAUGGAUUGAUGCAUUAAAUUUUAAAAUGGCAAAAUAGCAGGUGGCUUGUUUAGCCGCGGCAGUGGUGGUCUUAAAAUUUAGAUUUUCAUUAAGAGGUAGGUGAUUCUGGUGGUAAAACAUGCUCCACAUUUAUAAUACAUCAAGGAAGAAAGGUUACGCAGUUAUCGCAGUUGUUGUCUCAAAAAUAGUCCACAUUUCUGAUUAGUGGCAUUUGCAUGCACUAGUCGACGCAACAACUACUACACUGGACUGCUCCCAACUCCAACUAACAGGAGAAGUUUAGAAUAAUCACGACAAUUUUUUUCAACAUGGAGGGCGACACGUACGGAACGUAUGUCUCAUAUUUCUCAAUCGUAAAAACCUUUGGAGCGUUUCCGUACAACUUGGAGGGUCACUCAAGACGCCUCAAACUAUGCACCUCGGGGCCGUACUACUGGUUGUACAUCAUCAACUUUGCGGGGGCCACCUUCCACGCCUUUUUCCAACUUUUCCAACUCUUUUUCGCCUUCAUGGAAGGGCUGGACUUGGAGGUCAUCAUUUCACAGGUUUCCUGGAUGCUCUUGGCCACACUCCCCAUUGCGAACUAUCUCAAAUCUGUGGGGGAAGAGCGACACUUUGCGGGCGUCGUGGAUGAAUGGUGUCAUCUCGAGAGGAGGAUAAUUGGGUCGACAUUUCGUGGGCUUGGGAAGCACAGACAAUCUCCCACCAUGUCCACGUGUCACUUCAAACAGAAGGAUCGGUUCUCCUUCAUUUCAAAGUACUACAUGUUCAUUGGGUUGAUUGGGGCUGUUGCGGUGGGGUGUCAUUCGUACAUGGCCCCAAAGUCCCACGCCUAUCUCUACUCCCUGGCCGAGAUGGAUUCGGAAGUAUUCCUCUACUUGAGCGUUGUCUAUCAACUCUGGAUCUAUAGCAUAAUUUGGAGUAACGUCUACGCUAUUGAAGUGCUCACCACGGUCAUGUCCAGCUCUGUGGGUCACAUUCUUGAAACUCUGAGCUACAAAGGCGGCGUGGUGAUGACACGCUGGACUUGUGAUCACGUCCCAGUGACGGAUCUCAUCAACAACAAUAAUCGAAGCGUCGCCACGGUUGACGCGGACGAGAGGAGUCACCCAGCCAGCGCCAUUCUCGACAAGGCCAACCGGAAGGGAAGUGCUCUUUUCGGUCAAGGGGCAGAAGAUCUCCAAGAAUUUUUCCCCAAAACGGAAAUGAGUAAAAUAAUCCAAAAUUUGGUCGACAUUGAGUUCGGGUUGGAGGGCUAUCUUCGCGUCGAAAGUUUGAUUGAAGCCUUCAACCACAGUUUCGCGAGAAUGAUUCCCGGCCACCAGUUCGCCUACUUGCUCAUGCUCACCAUUCAAGGGUUCAAUGUGAUUCAGUACUUUUCCUCAAUGUCGCCCGGUGGGGUGACCCUGUACAUGGUACUUAUCACCCUCUUCCUCAUGAGAAUGCUAACCUUCUUCCCCGCCAUGGGCAACUUGGACCAUCGCUCCGACUCUUUCAUCGAUAGUUGGAUGGAGGGGUUGCGUUACAUUCCGAAGGGGAAGCAGUCGUAUGAGCUGUACUGGUAUCGCAUCAAGUCCUGUCGGCUUCUAGAUUUCAGAUGUGGUCGCUACUUCAACAUGGAGAGACAAACCUGUCUCGAAUUUCUCUUCAGAGUUUCAGAAUUUGUCAUUGUCCUCAUGCAAAUUUCGUACUGAUUUCACAACCAAUGCAAAAAAUGGCUGAGCUUUUUUUGCAAAAUAUCAUUCACGUUUCUAAGACUUAGGCGAGGGUAUGUAUGUGAUAUAAUCUAUGUACCUAUAUAUGCACGCCCAUUAAGAUAAAUAAAAGGUGAAAGGUGAAACUG